GAGCACAACAGCUCAGUAACUCGUGAGUGUCAGAAACCUCCGCACUGUGGAAGGAAAGCAAGCAUUUUUCUGGGUCGUAAUCUUAGUUUCUACUUGUUUUCAACAUGUCCGACAGAUUAGAUGACAUCGUUAUGAAUCUGUUCAAAAUGGGUUCAGAAGAAUCCUUUAAUCAGCACCAUACUACUUCGGGGACACCUCGCCUGAAUCGAUCGACCUCAUUCUACUCCCCGAUUUCCAAGAAACUUAGCCCCAGCUCCGAACAUCUGACUUCAGGCUGGCCAGUGGACAUUUGGAGUGAAACUCUGACCAGCAAACAGUUUUCUUCCAGGCCCGACCGCUCCAUGAGUCUGACAGAAGCUGGUGCCCUCUCGUUUAACAAACUGAAGACCAACGAAGUGCCUCCCCCUCCUGGCUUCCCACCGCUCAACAAUCAGGCAGUUCUCCCCUCCAACCGCUACAAAACCGAACUGUGCCGUAGCUUUCAAGAGAACGGCAGUUGCAAAUAUGGAAGCAAAUGCCAGUUUGCCCACGGGGAGUCCGAAUUGCGAGGUCUGUACAGGCACCCUAAGUACAAAACGGAGGCUUGCCGCACUUUUUAUAACUUUGGCUACUGUCCUUACGGCACUCGGUGUCACUUUCUUCACGAAGAAAAACCCCAACAGCACCAAAAUGAGGUACCCGCCACCCAUCAGCAUCGCUUUCUCCGCCAGAGCGUCAGUUUUGCUGGGUUCCUGGGAUCACGAAGCUCUCCUCCACCGACAGUGAACGACACUUUGGGCUUCACCCGUGCUCCCUCUGUGUCCCCUCCUCCCGUCGACCUGCUCUCUCCAGUUUUCUCUGAGUCUGGAACUCAGUCCAUGAAAAAUGCAUUUCAGUUCUGUCAAAGCCGUCCGAGUUUAAGCGACAUCCAAAACAUUCCUCAGAUAAUCGAACCCCCAAAGUCAUCAUGCUGCGUCUGUGGUCACGGAAAUAACUUCACAUCUAGCCUGAACAAAUUCUACAAACAGGAAGACCGCAACACCGCCUAUGUCCACCAGCCGAACCUCCAGCGAUCCCCGUCCGAAGAUUCGCUCUCGGACCGGGACAGUUACAGCAGCACGGGCAGCACAAGCGGGUCCGAGUCGCCAACUUUUGACGGCUUGGGGAGCAAGCGUCUUACUGUUUUUGAGCGCCUGUCACUGUCAGAUUAAGGACGCUCAAUACCAGAGACGAUAAUGAUUUAGAAUCUAAACGGACUUUUAAGGCUAAAUUCUACAUUAAGAAUUUUUUCGAGUAUGCGCAACAACACUUUAUACUGUUUAUUUAUGUUCACAGAUGACUUGCUCAGUGGAAUUUUUGUACACGCCUGUCUGUUAUCCAAAGCUAUAUUUUUAUAAUUGUGUAUCUUUCAUAUAUUUUCUAUUAUCGUCUUCCUUUAUUUCCUUUCGUGUAAUUGCCAUACACCCAAAUGAGACAUAUCUAUUAAGUGAUUUCUACAUAGUUUGCCACUGACAUGAAACCUGUUUAAGCUUGGUAUUGUUUCUAUUCCAAAAAAAAAAAUAGAAUGUUUUGGUUUUGACAUCCCUAUUUUAUGACGUUCCUACCAGUAACAGCGAUUUGAUGUUAUUUUCUAUACAUUUUACGACACAACUAAAUGUCAGUAUUGGAAAAAUCAUUAAGCCAUCAAUGUGACAAACUUGAAAAGGAAAAGUUAGAUAUUUACCCACUGUGAUUUGCACUUUAAACUGUAUUGGGAGAGAAAUCUCUGCAUGUAGCAUUUAACCAAAGCUUCAUACUUUUCUACUUUUUGAACUUUUGUUAUCAAGACAUUCUUUUCUAUGUGAUUUGCAAUGCCUUGACAAAAUAUUUGGAAACAGAAUGUAUGGAUAUGCAUACAAGUAGUUCCAGUGUUGCCAAUUUUGCUAGACAGUCAAAUUGUCUCAACCAUUCUGUGGGCAAUAUUAGACGAUUCUGUUAUGCCAACUGCAUGGCACUUACCUGUAAAUGGUGCUGCCAUAACCAAAAUGUUGUUUAGAGACAUGUUUGUGUUACAUAAUGGUUUGACAACCCUGGUUGGGAUCUUAGUCUAGGUGGCUCAUCUUUCAUCAGGGAAAAAUAACAAUAUAGUACUUCCUUAUAUUUUUGGUUGGUUUUGUUUCCAUUAUUUGUGUAUUUUAUAGACCUAACUAAUAUAUUUAUUGUCCUAUUUAUUGAAGUAAUUCCAAUGUAUUUUUUACUUAUUUAUCAAGUGUCUGGUUUUUGCUGAAUAUGUGACUUGAUGCAGCUGAAGAUGAUUUUAUUAUUAAAUAUCAAAAAUCGAAAAAUAAAAUUGCCAUGAAAAUAAA